CUUCCUUCCCUUCCUUCUUUACUUCCUGCCUUUCCACCUUCCUACCUUCCCUACUCUCCCUUUAAUGCCUCCUCCAGCACUUCCUGUCCCCAUCCUCCCGUUCCCAGCGAGUCCAUCCUUCCGUCCUCCGUUCUUCCUUCCUUUCCUUCCUCCCUUCCCUCCUUUCUUUCUCCCUUCCUUCCCUCCUUUCCUUCCUUCCUCCCUCCUACCUUCCUUUCUAUCCUUUCUUCCUCCCUUCCAUCAUUCCUUCCUUCCUCCCUA